ACUAUCGAAAGAGAUGAACGAUUAAAGAAAUUAAAUCAUUUGAUCAUUGUACCUGGACAUGCUAUUUGGAUCGGCAAUGAUGUUGAUAAGAUUGAAAAUGAUGAUGAAUGGAUAUUACAAGAUAUGCAAAAAGGUGGUAGUGUGAAAACUUUUUUGAAACAUUUGAAAGAAGGGGUGGAAAGGAUGAAGGUGGAUGAGAAAUCUUUAUUGGUUUUUUCCGGAGGUGCAACCCGUCCUUCCCCCUCACCUCCACUUUCCGAAUCCCUAUCAUACUAUCUACUAGCUUCAUCUCUCAAUUUAAUCCCAACAACAUCAUCGCAUCCUUCCAUCCUCCCUCUAAGCGCAAGAACAACAACAGAAGAAUACGCAUUAGAUUCAUAUCAAAAUCUUUUAUUCAGUAUAUCUCGUUUUCAUGAAAUAACAACGAAUUAUCCUGAAAGAAUAACAGUCGUGGGAUACGGUAUGAAAUCUUUCCGUUUUGUUAAUCUUCAUAGAGCGACCAUAGGUUUCCCAUUGGAAAAUUUCGAUUAUGUCGGGAUUGACGAUUCAGGUGAUGUUAGAAAACAUUAUGAGGGAGAAUGGAAAUUUGGUUUUUUACCUUUUUUAAAAGAUCCAACAGGUUGUCAUGAUCCUUUGAUAUUGAAGAAGAUUAAUAGAAAUCCUUGGAUAAAAUAUCAUGGUUAUCAUGUUUCUUGUCCGGAAUUGAGAGGUUUAUUGGAGUGGUGCCCUCCUGAUGAGGAUUUUGAGUUGGGU